AUGAAGCUGCUUCAGGUCGCAUCCGCUGUCGCCUUUGCUGCGCUCUCGGUUUCGAGCGUCUCGGCCACUCCUCUUGAAGUGCAAGCACUCCACUAUCCCGCUGGUGUCCAGCGCUCUGUCGAGGCUAGAGCUGCAGAGCGUCUAUUUGCUCGUGACAACACUGCAUCGACUUCACCCUUGACCAACUAUCAGCAGUACUCUUUCCCCGCUCAGCUCUCGCAGGCAGCCUACUGUGGUCAGCCUGUAGGCGCCAGGGUUGGGGAUGCUACACUGCUCUGGAAGGCUGGAGACGGUCAAUCGACUCCCAAUGUGAUUGUUGCCUACUCGCCAAGCAGGGGUGUCAUCGUUUCACACCAGGGAACCAACACUUCUUCCUUCUCGUCAAUCUUGAACGACGCCGACUUUGCGCUGGAUCCUAUCAACUCGCGUCUUUCCUACUUGGGCACUGUCGAAGUGCAUGGUGGAUUCCAAGACACUUGGCUGCGUACUGCCGACUCUGUGCUAGCACAGGUCAAGGCUGCCGUCGCCAAGUACCCCUCUGCUCCUGUGCUUACCGUAGGUCACUCGCUUGGUGCCUCUCUUUCGCUGCUCGAUGCUCUCUACCUCAAGAAGCAGCUGCCAAACAAGACGGUCAGGUCGAUCGUUUUCGGUCAGCCUCGAACGGGCAGUCAGGCCUUCGCCAAUGCUGUCGACGCCAACUUGCCAGGCUUUGUACACAUCAACAACGGACGCGACCCGGUGCCACGUCUGGCACCUUCGAUCAAGUACCAGCAUCCUUCAGGAGAGAUCUGGAUCAACCCUGCCAACACCAACACUGCUGUAACAUGUCCUGGUCAGGAGAACGAGAACUGCACUCGCUCUCUCAACCCUUUCACCUACGACGUCGAUGACCACACUGGCACUUACUUUAAUGUCCACAUUGCUGGUCGUGGUGGGAACUGCCCUCCUGUUAUCAACGCAUAG